UCUGCGUAAUGCAUUGGUGUCUGUCCCUGUUAAUCCAGCUUGGUUGUGCCUCUGAGCAUUGUCGUACUUUCUUCAGUCUGCCAAUUUCCCAACGGAUGGACCACUAAAGAACAUUUUGAAACACCAACUUUUCCUCCACGAUUGGACCUCCAGCAAGUGGAGGCUUUUCCCCUGGUCAGAGGUGGUACUCAGCUCCUGCAGGGCUCUCCUGAACUCUACCAUGAAGUCCCUUCCAGGAGCUGCGACAGUGCUGCUGCCCAUCGCUCUCUGCCUCAGCUUGGCUCCUGUGUGUUUGGGAGCUGCCAUCCCCGCUGCUUGUGGUACCAUCUACAAGAGCUUUGCUCAGUGUUUGCUCUCGCUCGGGGACAGCUUGGUGGAAACACAAAAAGACCAGAACACACAGGACAUCGACUCAAUCUGCAGGUCCUGGAAUGCUUUCCAUGUCUGCGCCAGCUCUGCCCUGGCUGGCUGUCCUGGAGAAGCGGCGGCUAUCUGGGAGUCUCUGAGACAAGAGUCUAGGAAGACCCAGUUUUCCGGCAACCUCUACGACAUGUGCGCCAGCCGGACAACCCUCCCCCCCAGCACUGUGCCUGCACCGCAAAGCUCUGCCACCUCAGACCAGAUGAACAAGGAGACUCUGAGAGGGAAGACACACAAGCAUGGCCCUGCCAGCAUCUCAGUGCUGCUCCCUAUGUGCAGCAUGCUGCUAGUUUCUCUCAAGAGUUAGUCCCCCACACAUAGCAAAAAGACGUAACAAGCUUUUAAACUGUUUUAGCCGGAGAUGCCACUGUGGAAGUGUGGAUGAUUGCUGUACAGAGUGAAUGUACUCCUGCUCAUCAGAGAGCCUAACAUCUAUAUGAGAUGUUAUGGUGAAAUGUUUUUAGCAAUAAACGUUUUAUCUGACUGAUGAUAGGUGGUCAUCUGAGGGCUGUUCAACCUACAAUCCAAGCACAAAAAGUCUAGUUCAUCAUGGACACAUUCAGUUUUGAAAAAGGGAUUUAAUUCUUUGGAUCGCUUUUUUCAGUUUCUGAUGCUGUGCACAAGUCUUGAGUCUCUUUUAGCUUCUUUAAAUUCCUCAGAAAUUGACAUUUUGGUAAUCUUUUUUAAGUUACCAAAUAAAUUGUUUUCUGAGUAUUUUGUCUUUUGUUUCAAGCCUCUUACAAAUUAAAGACCUCAUGUCAUACUAUAGUCUGUCAAAAAGGCAUAAUUUGUUCCCAUUUUUUUGUUGUAUCUGUAAACACAAAAACUGAGAUGCAGAAAAUCAGAUUUAAGAGUUUUUAGCUGCUGACAAAGUUGAUGACAAACUGUAUUAUGAUGAAUAUCAAGUCUUUGCUGGAUAUUUUCCCCUGUUUUUCAAAGUCACAGCUGACUAAUUCUGAUCAUCUGUACUGAAAUGAACUAACUGCAAGUAAAAAAGAAACUUGAGUAAAAAAAAGAGGCAAUUAUUAAGAACAAGAUAUUCAAGACCUUUGCACAGUACUCAUUUAGCCACCAGGUAAAUCCUAAAAUGCUAUAACUGUGUAAGGGGAAGGUCACAAAUUUAAAAUAAAGCCUGACUUCAAGGGAAAUCUAUUACAGAAACUACUUCAAUUUUUCCACUUCUGAAGAGAAAGUAAAAAAACAGGAUUUUAAUACAAAGUCUUGAAUCCUUGCGUACAUGUAAUUAUUUCAUGUUUUUGCAGUGGCAGCAUGGUUUAAAAUGUUUUACUAUGCAGCACGUUUGUAUCAUCAGAAAGUUAUACUUUAGUUGUUUAUAAAACUUGGAAAUGUAAUCACAUUUUACCCUCUGCUUUAAAAGUUGUCUUUCAGUUGAACUUUUUUCCCCAGAACUUUUUUCAUUAAAAGGUCAGUUUUCUGAUUUCAAAUGCAGACUAAUGAACAGUGCAGAGCAUACUCUUUUAUACUUGUAAAUGAAACUUUUAAACCUCUAUGCACUUUUGCAUUCUUGUCAUGGUUUCUCUGCCACUUUGUAAACUGACUUUCAAACCAAAUACUGAUUUAAAGGUGUGUGAACACAAAUAAAGCAGUUCUUCUGAGGGUGAAUUCAA